UGGGCUGGGGAGGUACCGGGGGGGUCUCAGGAAGUCUGGACUGGGGGGUCCUGAGGAUUGUGGGGAGUGGUCUUAAGGAGAGCAUGGAGUGGUAUGUUGGGGUCUGCGGUGCUCGGGGGUCCCAUGGGCUUGGGGUAUGGCACAGCCCUGCCUCUGGCUGCACAACAGCACUGUCUCACGUUCCCAUCCCGCAGGAACCCACAGGCGAUGGUGGAGCCCCCCAACUUCUCGUGGGUGGCAGAGGGGAGGCUGGCGGGGCUGGCCAUGCCACGAGAGCCGGGUCAUUACCGCUUCCUGCUGGGCCGGGGCGUGAGGCAUCUGGUGUCACUGUCUGAAAGGGCCCCCCCUCACCACGGCUGCUGCCCCGCGCUGCAGCUCCACCGAUUCCGUGUGCCUGACUUCACCCCACCGACACUCGGACAGAUCCAGAGCUUCCUGCAGCUGGUGGAGGAGGCCAACGGUCGCGGGGAGGCGGUGGCUGUGCACUGCAUGCUGGGGCAUGGCCGGACGGGCACCAUGCUGGCCUGCUACCUGGUGAAGACUCAGAAGAUGAGCGGCAGCGAUGCCAUCCGGGAGAUCCGCAGGCUGCGGCCGGGCUCCAUCGAGACACGGGAGCAGGAGCAAGCUGUCAUGGAGUUCCACCGGCGCUUCAGUGCUGGAGAGGACAGCAGGGAGGUGUGACUGUGAGCAUCUCUACGAGCAGCGUGUGCUGGAUGGAGGGCCACCAGAGACCCCUGCCUCCACCAUCUCCCACCAUUGCUCUAUGUUGACCUGCUGCCAUCCCCAAGCCACCUCCUCAGCCUUCAUCCCAAGCAUCGCCGCUUGGAACCCAACGGUGGCACCCCAAAAUUGGGGAUCCCGUGUCACGAGGCUCUGAGACUCAGCCUGCCAUCCCCAAAGCUGGUCAACAGCCAACGCAGUGACGCAACAUGGAGGGUGACAGCAGCGUCAGCUCCCCAGGGCCGUCCCGGGACGUGGAUGCUUAAAGGGAAGCUUAGAUGGAAUUUAGGCAUCUCCGUUCCAAAAGUCCAAUCCUGAAAAUCUCUUCUCAGCUGUUCCUAACCUUGGUGGCAUUUAAAUCCUAAGUGCAAGAAG